AGAGGCAAAGAUGGGAAGUCACCCAGAAGACAGCAGCAGUAACACAAAAGAAAUCUUGCUAAAUGUCAGUAAACGUGGAGGCCAACAGAUACCCCCAAAAGGCAAGAAACAGAGGACUUGCAGCGUGUGUGGGAAAAGCUUCAGCCGGAGCACUGGUCUGAUCGCACAUCAAAGAAUCCACACUGGAGAGAAGCCUUAUGAGUGCUCAGCUUGUGGGAAAUCCUUCGCACUGCGGUCCAACUUGAUUUCGCACGAAAGAACCCACAACGGGGAAAAACCAUAUCUGUGCCAAGAGUGUGGGAAAAGUUUUAGUGUCAGUUCACAGCUCAUUAAACACAAGAGAACUCAUUCUGGGGAAAAACCCUACAAAUGCACAGAAUGUGGUCAAGCAUUCCGUCAGAGCUCGCAUCUUAAAAACCACCAGAGAAUCCACACAGGAGACAAACCAUUUAAAUGUUCGGACUGUGGAAAAAGCUUCAGCGUGAGCUCAGACCUGAUUAGGCAUGAGAUAUCCCACACAGGGGAGAAACCGUACCAGUGCCCAGACUGUGGCAAACGGUUCUGUAACAGCUCACAGAUCAUUACUCAUCAGCGUGUUCAUACAGGAGAAAAGCCCUAUAAAUGCCUGGAAUGCGGGAAAAGCUUCACUGUGAGCCAGCAGCUCAGUCGGCACCAGAGAGUUCACACAGGAGAGAAACCGUAUAAAUGUCCCGAGUGUGGGAAAACCUUUGGUGUCAGCACACUCCUUACUGGACACCUGAGGAUUCACACUGGAGAGAAGCCAUAUGAAUGCUCAGAAUGUGGGAAAAAUUUCAGGUUACGUUCAAACCUCAUUGCGCAUCAGAAAAUACAUGCUGCGAGGAAAUCCUAGGAAUUGUUUGACUGUGGGAAUAAAAAAGGAUUUGCCUGAA